CCCCCCCGAGUCUGUUGUGUGAGGAGAGGUCCGUGAAGGCAACACGGUUAAAGGAAGUACACUGCGACUUCACUUGAGGAUUUCCAACCAAAUCAGGGCGUCAUCGUAAGUGCGAAGAAAAACAACAACGACCGUGUUGUUCUUGUUUGUCCUUCUGUGAUUGACAAGCAAUCAGCCCGAGACCAAGACCUGCCAUCGUCUCCUACAUUCAACACACGACACAUUUCAGAAGAUGCUUGAGUCCAGUUACCAGAGACAAUGAACCAAACAAGACAGACGGACACAAACAGAGGCGGGUCACAUAGACAUGUUUCUCUGGCUCCGCCCUCCAGGUGUCUGACGGACAGACAGCUGCUGCUCUCCUCCACAAAACCACAUGCAUCUAUCUUAAAGGAACACAGAUGUGAUGUUUACAGAAGACACCUCACCGAUAUGAGCUUCUGGACACGCCCAAGAGAGGAGAGAGCAGAGAUGAGCAGAGAUGUGUCGCCUCCCUCAGGUGCUCAUAAACACUGCGCCUCCUCUGUGGCUGUGUCAGAGCUCAGGGGCGGUCGAGGCCACGAAGAACAUACUUUUAGAUCAUCAAGUGAGCAAAGCCUCUCAGGUUCUAUACCAGAGUUUGAGCCACCAAACCUUCCUCUGAGACAGUCACUCACCUCCACUGUCCUGAAUCCUACUUACACUCCUCAACCAGGGCACUUGAAGUCAGGCCAGAAAGAGGGAAGAGGUUGGGGGCGUUCAGAGGGAGAUCUGACGUCUCCUCACAAGGCAAAUUACUGGGCCUGUGCCAUCCCUAAAGAUUUGCCUCAAUCUCCAGACAGGCACUCUGCAGGCUGGGACCCGAACAAGGAGUACCAGGCACUGCUGGAUUACACCUACCCUCUAAGAACAAAUUCUUUGACCUGUGACAGCGCUGAGCGCCACAAGCACUCCCUCCUGCAGGCAGACAUGCAAGACUCAGGGAUUGACCUGGAAAACGUUUGCAGUUGGACGAGUCUGUCGGGGUUAGACGUCUCUGUGAGCAGCACAGAGCAGACAGAAGAGAGGAGUCGUCUGGAUCGUAGCUUCACUGAGCUGCAGGGGGAGGAGCCACUCCUCCUCACAGACCCUGCGACUUUGUACCUGAACAAUGUGGACAGCAGUAAGAGCGGCAGUGAUCACCACCUUCAACGCCAUGAAUGGCCCUGCUCCACCUCCACCGCUCUCACCCGCUCCUCCGGGAUACUUCAUCAGCCAGUGUGUGCAUGUAUGGAGGAAGACGAGGAGUUCAGGCGUCUUCCAGAGCAGCUGAGCGAGCUGCAGCUGCUGUCCACUCAGGUGAGGGUGAUCGCAGCUCAGUUAAGGCAGCAACCCAGAGAUCCAGGAACCUCCUCCAUCUUCUCCUCUGUCACUUCGCCUGAAAAGCUGGAGGCCAAAAACAAAACAAGGGAGGACAGCAGUCAAGAGGACACGGGCAAAGAGUGGACUGUCCCUCAGUCAGCAGCAGCAGCAGCAGCAGCAGCUCACAGGAGUAAUGGAAGAUGGGUGGAGCCAGUUGGAGGCAGAUCAAGUGCAUCCGGACUUAGGAAAGUGGAGUCUUUGCUGGAGCAGCUGUGUGAGCUCACCCUGCAUCAGAGCAGCCAGGGACAACAGGAGCAGCAGAGUGAUUCCUUACUGCAGCACAUCCAGGUCUUCUGUUCACACCUGGAGCAGCUCCUCCAGUAUCUGUACGCAGCGUCAGAGAAGAUCCAGCUCCUGGCUCAACCAGCUGUGGACAUCGCCAGACUGAAACUAUCUCUGGAUGAGUAUCAGAGGGAAGUGAGAAACCAUCUGCCCCUGACCUCCUGUGUCAUGCACAGUGGACAGCUUCUACUCCGUAGCAUCAACAGCAUGUCUCCAUUUUUAAGAGACACUCUGCAGCUGGUUGCGAGGGAAUCUGAAGCUCUGCAGAGCUACAAUCAGCACUUCUCCACGGACAACCUGGUGCAGCAGAGCAGAGACCAGUCGUCUCUGGGAGUCCAGUGAGCCUGUGUGUCUCAACUUAGCACAAAGACAUGAAAAUGAGACAUAAAGAGACAAAAUGCAAUAGAUAAAAACAUAGACGGGGUUCUAUGGAGCGCUUGAAUUAAAGUGUCUUUCGCUGCUUUUUAAAUGAAUCCUCACAAUUUCAGCAACAUAAGAACAGAGGCGUUCCACUGCCUGAAAGGCUCCACCCCCUCUGACCCUAAAGCUCGUUUCAGCCUCCAACGUGAAGACGUCAGGGUGCAGGCAGGAUUGUUGUGCCCUUAGAUGAGGAGAAUAUGAAUAAUCACAGAAGCAGCUCCUGCCUUCACCCGUCUUUCAACACAGCACAUGUAGUAUUCAGUACACACACACACACACACACACACUCAGGAUCAGUUACCACAAAGAUUCUGUAUCUUUACUAAAUGAUUGAAAUGAUUUUUACAGGACAUUUCAAUAAUAAAAAAAUAAAUGUUUCAACCUUUCAA